AUGAGCAUCAACUUUGGCGACCUCAACAAGGGCAUGGUGAUCGAUCUCGAAAACCAGCCGUGGCAGGUCAUGGAUUACGAGCGUCACAAGAUGCAGCAGCGGGCGCCCGUGACCCGUAUCAAGAUGCGGAACCUCAUCAGCGGCACCGUCAUCGAGCGCACGUUCCAGCGUUACGACACCGCGUUCAGCCUGGCCGAGGUCGACAACCGCGAAACUCAGUACCUGUACACCGACGGAACCAACUACUUCUUCAUGGACCAGGAGACUUUCGAUCAGCACGAACUUACCGCGGACCAGUUGGGAAACGCGUUGGGCUAUCUGACCGAAAGCAUGAUGGUCGAGUUGGUGCUCUACAAGGGCAGUCCGAUCAACGUGAACCUUCCGAUCCACGUCGAGUUGAAAGUGGUCGACACGCCACCCGCUUUCAGGGGCGACACCGCGCAGGGCGGUAACAAACCGGCAACCCUGGAAACCGGACUGCGCAUCACCGUUCCGAUGUUCAUCACCCCCGGCACCCGCGUCAAGGUGGAUACGCGUAACGGUACCUACUCCGAACGCGUGUCGUAG